AAACGGGACCACAGGAACCGAUUUCUUUGGACGGCGACCGAUGGACCUCUUCGUGCGUGGUCUUGGCCCGAAGGAGCUGCACGUCGUGGCGCAGGCGACCGACUCCAUUGCGGCCGUCAAGGCGCAUGUGAGCGGACUCAUGGGCGUGCCAGUCGCGCUCUUCAAGCUCUCAUUCAACGCGCGGCUGCUUGUCGAGACCAACUUUGUCCACGACUACUGCAUCACACACGGCUCGACGCUCGCCGCCUCCAUGGCGCUAAAGGGUGGCAUGGACUUCCAGAAUCGCGUCGGCUCCAAGCCCGGUUCGGGUGGCGUGGCCUCGGAACAGCAGGCCAACAUUGACCGGCGUGAGCGACUGCGAAAGCUUGCGCUCGAGACGGUGGAUCUCUCGAAGGACCCGUACAUCCUGAAGAACCACUUGGGCACGUUUGAGUGUAAAUUGUGCUUGACGCUGCACAGCAACGAAGGCAACUACCUUGCCCAUACACAGGGUAAGCGCCAUCAGACCAACUUGGCGCGCCGAGCGGCCAAGGACGCUGCGGAAGCAUCGGCCAACGUGCAAGCGCCGCCCAAGCCCGAGAUCCAGCGCAUUCGCACCAUCAAGAUUGGUCUGCCCGGCUACAAAGUCACAAAACAGCGGGACCCGGACACGGGCGCGCGCAUGCUGCUCUUCCAGAUCUUCUACCCCGACGUCAUGGACGGGCUCCAGCCGCGCCACCGCUUCAUGUCGGCCUUUGAGCAGCGCGUCGAGGUCGCAGACAAGAACUUUCAGUACCUCCUCUUUGCGUGCGAGCCGUACGAGACGAUCGCGUUCAAGGUGCCCAACCUCGACGUCGACAAGUCCGAGGGCAAGUUCUUCACGAAUUGGGACAAGCUCGGCAAGUCGUUCACAUUGCACGUGACGUUCAUGCCGGAGGCGCCGGCAUCGACCCAGCCACCCGCGCCGCCCAUGCUUCGCACCGCAUAAACCUCCUAAUACAACAACACUUCUGUC